AUGCAAGACGCCCAGGUUGUGUGCAGGCAGCUGGGCUGCGGCUCGCCUCUUGGUGUGAUGCACUAUUUCCCUUCGAGCAACUCAUACCCAUACCUGAUGACGGCGGUGAAUUGUGAUGGCUCUGAAGACUACUUGUGGUAUUGUGCUUUCAGCGAAGAAUACUCCGUCUGUUAUCACGGGGAUGCUUCUGUCGUAUGCUCAGGGGCCGGCUCCUGUGGUGGCUUGCUUCAGGGUUUGUCCAGCUCAGUCCAGAGCCCGGGCUACCCCGACUCCUACCCCAACAGCGCUCGCUGCGUGUGGCGCAUACGGCUGCGGGAGCUGGAUCGCAGAGUUGAGCUCCAGUUUUCCGAUGUCGAGCUGGAAGGCAGCAGCUGCCUGUACGACUCCAUCGAGGUGUACGACGGUGGGUCCCCCGGGGGCCCGCUGCUUGGGGCUGUUUGCAGGAACGACCAUCGCGUCUUCAAGUCAUCCGGGCACCAGCUGACCAUCCUGUUCCGCAGUGAUGGCAGCGUCACCCAGAGAGGUUUCCAGGCCUACUACUACUCAUUCCCUGCCUCCAGCAAUACUGCAGAAGAUUAUUCUUGUGGCGGCUUGCUUUCCUCUCCACCUGGGACAUUACAGAGUCCAUUUUACCCCAGAAAUUAUCCAAACAAUGUCAACUGUGUUUGGGAAAUAGAAGUAAAGAGCAACUUUUGUGUCACACUCACGUUUAGAGAUGUUCAGAUGGAAGGUGGCAGAUGCCUGUCUGACUAUGUGGAAGUCUACGAUGGGCCACUCCUUACCUCUCCUCUCCUUGGGAAAUUCUGUUCUGGUUCUUUUCGCACAUACACUUCCUCCUCAAACCUGCUGACUGUCCGAUUUUACAGUAACUCUCGACACACAUACAGAGGGUUUCAGGCUGACUAUUAUGCCACUCCAGCAGAUCAGAGCACUAACUACAUGCGUGCGGUUGUGAGCAGAUACUACCUUGAGUCACAAGGCUACUCUGCCUGGAAUCUCUCCUUGAAUGACCCCUAUUGCAAACCCAACAUUACAUCAGAGUAUGCUAUAUUCGACAUACCAUACACUCGCUGCGGCACAGUGAGAGAGAACACAUGGGCACAAAUAAUGUAUGUUGCGGAGGACAAUUUUGAAGUCAAUGAAACUCAGUAUGGCAGAUAUGAUGUAAACCUUACAUUUUAUAAUUCUGCAUCCUUCUCGUGGCCAGUGAAUGACUCGCCGUACUAUGUUGAUAUCAACCAGGAUUUAUUCCUUGAAGCUUACCUUCACAGCUCUGAUUCAAACCUGGUAUUAUUUGUGGACACGUGUGUGGCAUCUCCCACUCCCCACAAUUUUACAACAGUAACCUAUGAUAUAAUCAGGAAUGGGUGUGUUCGAGAUUCUACCUAUGCAACAUAUUAUUCACCCUACAGACACAUGGUCCGGUUUAAAUUCAAUGCCUUCCAGUUUAUUCGUAGCAAUCCACUGGUCUACCUGCAGUGUGAACUGGUGGUGUGCAGGGCCUACGACUAUUCUUCCAGGUGCUACCAAGGUUGUAUUGCUAGGUCCGAGAGAGAGGCAAGCUCUGGCCAAGAAAGUGUGACUGUCGUUGCUGGCCCAAUACAGCUUCAGGAAGCUGGAGCUGAGAAUAAGAACUGA